CAGCUUUCUAUGCUCCGCGCAAGUGACUAUAGCUUAGAUUAGCAAUUAUUUGUUUGAUUAUAUAGUUCAGGUUUAAGGGCGAUCGUAAUAAUCCGUUUUUGUAUUUAUAUUGAACAUGGUAAAAUAUCCGGUGAUUUUAUUAUUUUUCAUCAACCACGCUCAUGGACAACACUACUUUGAAGAUUAUUUUCUGAAUGUUUAUGAAAGAGCACCGUUGAUGCUCCCGAAUGAGCGCUUGACUCUGGAUGAUUGUCAUCUCCGGUUUCCCAUUUUCACUGUGCCCAUGAAGGUAGCACCUGCUGCUGGCCUUCCCGUCCGGUUGAAGGAGUUUGCCCAUAUAGGAGCAAUUGGCUGGACACAACCGGAUGGUACUAUAUUGUGGAGCUGUGGAGGAACCUUAAUCUGGGAUAAUUUCGUUCUAACUGCUGCCCAUUGCGCAUUAGAUGCAAGAGACAAGCGACCCGAUGUCAUUAGGUUCGGUGAUUUGAACAUCUACACCUCCGAGGAUGAUGAGCAUGCCCAACAGCUUAAAAUUGUUGAUGUGAUAAGACAUCCUGCACAUAGAUUUGCCGCACAAUAUCACGAUAUUGCGUUAAUGAAGUUGGAAAAAAAUGUAACCCUACAUGACACGGUAGUUCCAGCUUGUCUUUGGACGGACGACGAAGUUAGAUUCAAAACUUUGGAGGCUGCCGGUUGGGGUCGAACAGGUUUUGCCCAAGAGCAGACACCGGUUCUGUUAAAAGUGAAACUAAAACCGAUAGACAACGAAGAAUGUGGUAAAAUUUACACAAAUGAAACAACUCGCAAAUUGCGAGAUGGUCUACAGGAUCAUCACAUUUGCGCCGUUGACGAAAAAAUGGAUACAUGUGAGGGUGACUCGGGAGGUCCGCUUCAAAUCAAGCUGAUGCACAACGGAAGGGUGUCACCGUUCUUGGUCGGAAUUACGUCGUUCGGGACAGUUUGCGGGACCUCAUCUGCCGGUGUUUACACAAAGGUGGCUCCUUACCACGACUGGAUUGUUGACACAAUGCGAAGCAACGGAGCAUUCGUAAAUGAAAAUACUUAUAAUGCUACAUUUUGUGCACUACGAUAUAAAGAAUUUCGUGAAUAUGAGGACGCCGUCAAUACGGUUAAAAAUAAUAUGGUCAUCGGAAGGGACUUUUCGUUGCUUCAUAUGGAAGUGGUUGAAAGUCUUCCAUCUUAUAUGGUGAAGCUGGCAUGGCGCACUGGUGAUGGUCGUGAUGAUUGUUACGGUGCAAUCAUUGAUGAAACUACUGUUGUGACUUUAGCGCAAUGCAUUUUUCAUAACCGACUCGAAACUGGGUUGAAAAGAGAGCACGUUUGUGUUGGAAAAGAUUUCUUUUUAGUACCAAAGUCCUGUGACCUAUUGGUUGGUGGUAGCGUUGAUGGAACUAUACGGCGUGAAAAUGAGGAUUAUCCUGUAACAUUCGGAUUGGUGCAGUUUGGGCGAGAUUGCGGAUUCGGAGAGCACUCUGUUGCAACCGGAUUUGCACAUCAUAUUGAAUGGAUGAAGUCUAUGCUUCUGCCUAAUCAUACUGAAACGAAUAGCGUGCUCUUCCUGGACGAUGAACUGCACGAAGACGAUACAUGCAUAAGUGAUGACAGUAAGGCAGCGGGUCUUUGCGUUGCUGUAUCGAGAUGUCCACGAAAGUGGAGACAAUUUUUGUCCUCGGGAAAUGCACAGUUUUGCUCUAGCAGCUCAGUAAUUUGUUGUCCUCUGGACGAUAUCGAAAGUGCAUCUGAUAUUCACCCGGAUAUUGCCUCUUGCCCGAAUGUUGUACGGAACAUCAAAACAAAAAAGCCAAACGGAUCAUUGGUAAAAUGA